CAGUGUAGCCUGAAAGUCAGAGACUCCCAGUCUGGGAAGUUAAGUCCUGACGGAGUGGGCGGAUUUCACAGGUAAAUCCCGUGUGCAGUGGAUUAGAAAAAAGAAGAGAAAAAGAAAAGCAACUCUGUUGGCGUGCAAGGAUCUUGUUUGUCUGUGGGUUACCCUACAUGUAUUUCCACGCUGGCUGUGGGUGUGCGGGACCCAGUUCCUGGCAGCCUUAUAAGACCCGGAGACUGCAGAGAAAAGAGACGUUAAGAGGCUCUUUCAGCAGCUGAGCCUUCAUGUGACCUACAUGGAGAAUCCAUUCAAAGUGCAGUUCCUCCCCUGGAAAUUCAAGACACAAGAGAGAGGCACUGUCACUUCCUAACACAGAGCUGGAUCCAGCCCAGGCAGGAGGGAGCUCUCGCUGUCAGCACGACCCAACUUUCACAAUCAUUUCUCUGCUUUUUUCCAAUGGAUUAUUGCAUGGCACAAGGCACAGCGGGCACAUUCUAGUCUGCACCAGCUCCCUUCUUCGUCUAUUGUUACAUUAAUUAAAAUGAGCAUUAUCCUGAAGCCGAGAUCCAGAUCCACCAGCUCCCUGCGGACGGCAGAUGGCAUUUGCUUUGAUGUGGACAAUGGCACCACAUCGGGACGGAGUCCCCUGGAUCCCAUGACAAGCCCGGGAUCAGGGCUGAUUCUUCAAGCCAACUUUGUCCACAGUCAACGAAGGGAAUCCUUCUUGUACAGGUCAGACAGUGACUAUGAACUGUCUCCAAAGUCCAUGUCCAGGAACUCCUCCAUUGCUAGUGAUAUACAUGGAGAUGACUUGAUUGUAACACCAUUUGCUCAGGUACUGGCCAGUCUGCGCACUGUAAGGAAUAAUUUUGCUGCACUAACCAAUUUGCAAGAUCGGGCACCCAGCAAACGAUCCACAAUGUGUAACCAACCAUCCAUCAACAAAGUAACUAUACCAGAGGAGGCCUAUCAGAAACUGGCCGGCGAGACCCUGGAGGAGCUGGACUGGUGCUUGGACCAACUGGAGACUUUACAGACCAGGCAUUCUGUCGGUGAGAUGGCUUCAAAUAAGUUCAAAAGAAUGCUCAAUCGGGAGCUGACCCACCUCUCUGAAAUGAGCCGAUCCGGCAAUCAAGUUUCAGAAUACAUCUCCAAUACCUUUUUAGAUAAACAACAUGAAGUGGAAAUGCCGACACAGGCCCAGAAGGAAAAGGAGAAGGAGAAGAAAAAGAGGCCUAUGUCUCAGAUCAGUGGGGUGAAGAAACUAACGCACAGCUCUAGUUUAACAAAUUCAAAUAUACCCAGGUUUGGAGUCAAGAGUGAGAACGAAGAAUGUCUAGCCAAGGAACUCGAAGAUGUGAACAAAUGGGGCCUUAAUGUUUUUAAAGUAUCAGAGUUUUCCGGAAACCGACCUCUCACAGUCGUCAUGCACACUAUUUUUCAGGAACGAGAGCUGUUGAAGACAUUCAAGAUUCCAGCAGACACCUUAAUAACGUACUUAAUGACAUUAGAAGAUCAUUACCAUGCCGACGUGGCUUAUCAUAAUAACAUACACGCAGCAGAUGUCGCUCAGUCUACCCAUGUGCUUCUGUCAUCUCCAGCUUUGGAGGCAGUCUUCACAGACCUGGAAAUCCUUGCUGCAAUUUUCGCCAGUGCAAUACAUGACGUGGAUCACCCCGGUGUCUCCAACCAGUUUCUCAUCAAUACAAACUCUGAAUUAGCCUUGAUGUAUAAUGACUCAUCUGUGCUGGAGAACCACCAUUUAGCUGUAGGCUUUAAGCUGCUGCAAGAGGAGAAUUGCGACAUUUUCCAGAACCUGACCAAAAAGCAGAGGCAAUUACUAAGAAAAAUGGUCAUUGACAUAGUUCUAGCAACAGACAUGUCAAAGCAUAUGAAUUUAUUGGCUGACUUGAAAACAAUGGUUGAAACAAAGAAAGUGACAAGUUCAGGAGUGUUACUUCUGGACAACUAUUCAGAUAGGAUACAGGUACUGCAGAAUAUGGUCCAUUGUGCAGACCUGAGCAAUCCCACAAAACCUCUGCCGAUUUAUCGACACUGGACAGAUAGGAUCAUGGAAGAAUUCUUCCGGCAAGGAGAUCGGGAGAGAGAAAGAGGCAUGGAGAUUAGUCCCAUGUGUGACAAGCACAAUGCAUCUGUCGAAAAAUCACAGGUGGGAUUCAUAGACUACAUUGUUCAUCCACUGUGGGAGACAUGGGCAGAUCUCGUUCAUCCUGAUGCCCAAGAUAUCUUAGACACACUAGAGGACAAUCGUGAAUGGUACCAGAGCACAAUUCCCCAGAGUCCGUCCCCUGCACCAGAUGAGCAGGAAGAAGGCAAACAAGGGCAGACUGAUAAAUUCCAGUUUGAAUUGACGCUGGAAGAGGACGGGGAGUCCGAUACAGAGAAGGACAGUGGGAGUCAGGUAGAAGAAGACAACAGCUGCAGUGACUCAAAAACUCUUUGUACGCAGGACUCGGAAUCGACAGAAAUUCCGCUGGACGAUCAGGUGGAGGAAGAGGAGAGCCAGCUAGAGCCUAACUCUCCCGACACGUAACAGAGUGAAACCUUUCCCUCUCUCCCUUAUUUCAUUUUUGUUUUUAGAAAAUGGUUUCCAAAGUGCAUGAAACAUGCCACAAACCAUGGUCACACCUCCCUUUCAUCUGCUAGGAUGUUUGUUGAUCAAAACUGACAUCAUCUACUCAGUUUGGCACUCAGGAAUAUUACCAUUUCCAUGGCAUUGGAAUGUGAGCAGGAAAAAAAAAACGUAUGGUUAUCUGUGGAGUGCACGUUGAAAGAACAGGGUUUGGUUGGGUUCUGAGAGGAUGGCAACGACGACUUGAAACCCCGCCAGCGGAUACUGAGCAAGAUUCCCGCUCGGAUGUGAGCAAAGGGAUGAUAUAGCAGAGCAGCAGGAUGAUGAUGAGCUGUGGAGAUUUCAUCAUUUUCGAAUUUUAAGUCUUCCUGAUUCAAAAUAAAUAAAACGACAGAAAAGAAAAAAAAAACCUGAAUGUGCCGCAUUUUGUGCCGCACCGUCCUCCGCAUUUUGUAUCAUAUGUAAAACAAGAGAUUUUUUUUUUCUUCAUUUUUUUAAAGAGCUUACUUUUAACAGUAAACAUUAUAUUGAGGUAUUAUAUUUAAAGCAAAGUACAUUUGGAAAUAUCAUCCACCACUGAUUUCUUCUUUUUUUUAAUUUUUUUCUUUUUUUCCAAAGAGUAACUUGGCAAGUUCUCAUUUACAAAUAUGUGCUACACUGGAUGACUUUUAACUCCUGGUUAUGGAUUAUUUUGCACCUUAGAAUUUCACAGCAAUUAACUGAACUGUAGAACUCCAUUCUUUUUUAUAUGCUUGCAUUCUUUUUUAUACACUGUCUCGCAGGAAACCCUUUCAGUACAACUUGGUUUUUACUCUUCGUUUUAAGAAUAUUUUGAUUAGCACAGAACGAAUGCAUCGGGCACUUUCCCAUUCAGUACGGAAGGUCACCCCUGUUUUUGUUUCCCGUUUCAUGUCUUUUUGUCUUUGCUUCGUACAAAUAGGGAUAAUGUUCAGUGUUAAGCGCGGGUGUGCUUCUCUGGGCCCAUUGUGUAAAUCUGUGCAUUGCACACUGUAACAAUUUGAAGAUCAGGGUUUUGGGCCCAAGGUCUUUAAGAAUGCCUCAAGCUGUGUGUCUUUUUUGCUUUACACAUAUGUGUGCGAUAGAAAGUCAAGUAUCAACACUACAAAGUGCUCCAGGCACACAAAGUCACAUUCUACAAAUGUAAACGUUUAGUAGGCACUAUGAUUGCUAAAAAAAAUUACUGUACCUGAACAACUGGGUCUGGAGAUGACACAGUCCCUCUCUCUUCACUCAAUAUCGGCAGAGGGGUCUUUGUAUCAGAGAUUACUUUGUCCUCUGGGCUACUGUUUAUAACAGAUUCUUAACGCUAUCCUGUGAUAGAAAACCAAGACCAUCUGCAACACUGAUAACCAGUCUGUGGCUCUGGAUCUGCAAAGGAUUAAUGGGGUGUGGGCAAGGGAAUAAGUUAAGAGGUCACUGCUUGGAUUUGUCUUCACUAGGAAAUUGUAUGUGUUUAAUGCAAUUUCUAAACGGCUCAAUACCCACGGUCCUUUUUCAGACUGCUCAAAGUAAAUUCAUAUCUGUAUCUCAUAAUGCAUUUAGCUGCAUGCAGGUUGAUGCUUUCAUGUUUUAAACUGGCCAAAAAUAUUUUUGACUAAAAAGAGAAAAAAAAAAAAAAAAGUUAAAAGUUCUUGACAUAGGACUUCAGCCUUCGGCUUAGCCUUAAGUGUCUCUUACUUGUGUUCCAGAUCUUUGUUUUUUUUCUUUUUCCUUUCUCAAGCAAUGCUCGCAAACACACCUUCUACAGUCUGUACUCCAGCAACAUACCUUAUUUCAUAUGACUCGCUCGACCGGCGUGAACAGUGCUGCGCAUCACGCACACUCCGUUUUACUCAUCGUAUGUGUUGAUUUUUUUUUUAAUGUUUUUAUCUACCCAUGUAGUGCCUGGAAUGUAACAAGUUAAAAAAAAAAAAAAGAAUAAAAAAUAUAAAGCAAUAUUAUUUCCAAAUAGAAACAUAUACCUGAAAGGGUUAAACAACUGCACUAAUGGAAAUUGUCACUUUUUUUUUUUUUUUUUAAAGGAACAUGCCACCGAAUUAAAGAAAAAAAAAUUAGCAUACAUUAUCCAUGGACAAUCAACUAGUAUGAAAAGACAUUGUUUUGUAGAUCCAGGGAUCUAAUGCACUGUACAAUCCUUUUUUUUUUUUUUUUUUUUUUUUUUUUUUUUAAUUUUUUUAAUUUUCCUCUUUUGCCAAAAUUCAGAGUGGCUUUACAGUCCCUAUAUAUGUUUUAUACUUUUAUUUGCCAUACGUGAACGGAGGCCGGUCUGCUGCGUGUCCGGCCUCCGUUUCGGUUACAUACUAUAACAGCAGACUUUAGCUUGCAAGUUGCUGUUUUCAACAAAACGCGUUCAGUUUUAACCUCUGUACAGUAGGUACAACUCAAUAGCUUUCAAAGAAUAACAGAAAAAGAAGAGAAAAAAAAAAAAGACUUGAAUAAAAUGGAUUUACAGAGAGUGGUGUCAAUUCUUUUCAAAGAGCAUAUUUAUUUUCUAUUAUGUUGUGCCAUGCAUUAUACUUUCUCACCAGAUGACCUUACCUGUAAUACAGUCUUGUUUGUCUCUGUUUACAACCAUGUAUUUAUUGUAUUGUACAGACUCUAAUGUUAAUUGUAAAUGACAAGUUGUUAUUAUGACAUCAUCUGCCAGAAGGUGGUGCGCUUAUUAUCUUUAAACUCUUGGUGAGAGAAUGAAUAUUCUGUAUAUUUA